GCGGAAGUUCGGCACGUCAAUCAACAACGAAACAUCCAGCGCGUCGCGACCACUCCACCACGCAUUCACGACCGCGCUAUAUGAUACGAACUCGCCGGUAGUACGCUGCCCGACGGCAACAGCAAGACUUCGCGACUAUGGGCGACCUGCACAACACGCCCAUCGUCAUCGACAAUGGCAGCGGCACCAUUCGAGCCGGAUAUGCUGGCGAGGACAAACCACGCAGCUACUUUCCGUCCUUCGUCGGCCGCCCGAAACAUCUACGGGUACUUGCAGGAGGAUUAGAAGGUGAUGUCUUCAUAGGAAAGCGCGCGGAAGAGUUGCGAGGACUACUCAAGCUCCGCUACCCCUUGGAACAUGGCAUAGUCACCGACUGGGACGACAUGGAGAAGAUCUGGCACCACAUCUACACAGAUGAGCUGAAAACGCUGAGUGAAGAGCACCCCAUUCUGCUCACCGAAGCACCUCUCAACCCACGUGCCAAUCGGGAUAUGGCCGCGCAAAUCCUGUUCGAGACCUUCAACGUGCCUGCUCUGUACACGUCAAUACAGGCUGUGCUUUCGCUAUAUGCUUCUGGACGAACAACAGGUAUUGUGCUGGAUGCUGGUGACGGAGUGUCGCACGCCGUGCCAGUCUACGAAGGCUUCGCGAUCCCAAACAGCAUACGGCGGAUAGACGUGGCUGGACGAGAUGUCACGGAAGAGCUGCAGCGACUAUUGAGGAAGGGAGGCAACGUAUUCCACACCAGUGCCGAGAAAGAGAUCGUCAAGCAGAUCAAAGAGAAGGUGUCAUAUGUUGCUCUGGACCCCAAGAAAGAGGAAAAGGAAUGGCUGAAUGCCAGCAACCGCGGCGGGGAGAGCAAGACCAUCGAGUAUACGCUACCUGAUGGCAAGAAGUUGAAGAUCGGCUCAGAGAGAUUCCGAGCAACAGAGAUUCUCUUCGAGCCGGAAUUGAUCGGACUCGAAUGGCCCGGUCUGCAUCAAAUUGUCGUGGAUUCGAUCAAUCGCACUGACAUGGACCUGCGCAAGGCGCUAUUCGGCAACAUUGUGCUUUCCGGCGGUUCGACAAUGAUCAAAGGAUUCGGUGAUAGGCUGCUCCACGAAGUCCAGCGCCUGGCAGUCAAGGACAUGCGCAUCAAGAUAUUUGCGCCUCCCGAGAGACUGUGGAGCACGUGGAUCGGAGGCAGUAUCCUGGCUGGCUUGAGCACAUUCAGGAAGAUGUAUGUGACGAUUGAUGAUUGGCAUGAGAACCCGGACAUUAUCCACCAGAAGUUUGCUUGAGCAUGCGUAAGAUACCCCAGCGGCUACUUUCAAUGAUUCCAUUCGAACGCGGCUCCGCACGGUUCAUGCUCUCCACGACCCCCAACGACAUCGACGGCCUCUACACCACCUGCAGCCAAGCACGACGACCCCAUGAGUUGCUGACAGCUCGAUCCGAACCUCCUCGUAACACCGCUGCUACCCCUUCGUGUCGUCCUCUGAUUAGUUCAACGUCCGCAUCAGCGGGCUUCGAGGCACAAACGUGCUUCCGGUGGUGGAUGAGGAUGUAGCAUCGUGGAGACGGCGUCAUGCUACUAGAGCUGCAAAACAGCGGAGCAGCAGAUCAACUUUUACUUAACCAUCACGUACUAGCGUCGCGGUCUAGUCUCAGGUACGGCAAGGCUGCACAUGGAGAGCACCGUCUCCGCUCACCGCACAACGCUAGACCUUGGCUUGCGGGGAAGCGACGAGCCACUGAGCACCAUAAACGUGGCUGCUGUGGUGCCGGUGACCGACCUGAGAAGACAGGAGAUUUGAAGAGUGAUGAAAGUAACAGUCCAAAGUAGCACGACAGAGCAGAUAGGCGUGCCAUGCAAUGCCCGUAUCGAUGGUCGCGUCCACGAGAGCCACAUUGGACACCCGAGACC